AAACACAGUAAUAUGAGGUAGUGGAAAUGAGUAAUAACCCCAGCACAUCAAAAGAAAAUGUUGUUUUCGAAGAUGACGAGAUAUUUGAAGAUUCUUCAAUUCUUGCAAAUUUUGACAAUUCCUCGUUCAGGGACAAAACGUCGAAAGCUUUUGAGAAUAACGUAAACAAUUCUCUUAAUAAAAGUGGGCUUAAUGUCAGUGCUCUAUGCUGUGACGAGGAGAUCAGUGGGUAUGACAAGGUCACAGGGGAGACAUGGAUCUAUCCAACCAACUACCCUGUCAGGGAUUAUCAGUUCAACAUAAUCAAAUCUGCUAUUUUGAAGAAUACCCUUGUCAGUCUCCCAACAGGUCUGGGCAAAACGUUCAUAGCAGCGGUAAUAAUGUAUAACUUCUACCGCUGGUACCCUUUGGGCAAGAUUAUUUUCACAGCACCUACUCGGCCACUUGUGGCUCAACAAAUCGAUGCUUGUUACAAUAUUGUGGCUGUGCCUCCUAAUGAUACAAUAGAGAUGACUGGGCACAUGCAAGUGAACACAAGAAAAACGCACUGGCAAACUAAACGCGUUUUCUUUGCAACACCUCAAGUUAUAUACAACGAUAUUAAAUCGGGCAUUUGCCCAGCCGACAAGAUUCGCUGUCUCGUCAUUGAUGAGGCACACAGAGCGAGAGGGAACUAUGCCUAUUGCCAGAUUGUAGCGACCUUGGAUGAUAUGGGAUGCAAGACUUAUAGGGUGCUCGCUUUGUCUGCCACUCCGGGGAGUAAAGUUGAUGAUGUUAUUACUGUGAUAAAAAACUUACACAUCGCACACCUAGAACUGCGUACAGAGAGCUGUAUUGACGUGGCACCAUACAGCCACUCACGGCGAAUAAACACUGUCCUAGUGCAGUUAGGACCAGAGCUGUCGCAACUGAGGCAACAGUAUAUUGAGAUCUUAGACGUCUACGCGCGCAGACUCAAGCAGAUGAACAUCCUGCCGUACAAUCUUGGUAACUUGUCAAAGGGCAGGAUUGUUAUGCUAUAUAAGGAGUUCCAGAACAAGGAUCGGAGUGCCAGGCACCCCCAACACAACUAUAUAAUGAAGGACUUCACCCUCCUAAUCGCCCUCUACCACGGGUUGGAGCUGCUCACGAAGCACGGCUCCAGAGUGUUCCUCAACUUCUUCGACGAGCACCCGGAGAAGUCAUGGAUUCAGUCCGAUGAUAGACUUACGGCACUUUUAGAGAGAUUGAGAGAUGAUCUUGGAAUUAACCCGCUGUCAUUAGAUAGGAGUAUAUUGCCUGACGGAACUGUACCAGAGAUUCCAAAGAACCUUAGUUUUGGGCAUCCAAAGUUCAACAAAUUGAAAGAAAUCAUGUUGGACCAUUUCCACAAGGCUAAAAUGAAUAAUCAAGAUACCAGAGCAAUCGUGUUCUGCGAGUACCGCGAAAGCGUGAACUUGGUGCACUGCCUGCUGCUGCAGUGCCGGCCGCUCAUCGUGCCGCAGAUGUUCGUCGGACAGGGUACUGCAGGCAAGGAGGGCCGCGUGGCGGCGUCGCAGAAGCAGCAGCUGCGCGCCAUGCGCGCCUUCCGCGCGGGCGCCUGCACCGCGCUGGUGGCCACGUGCGUGGCCGAGGAGGGGCUGGACGUGGGCGCCGUGGACCUCAUCGUCUGCUUCGACGUGGCCACCGCCUCGCCCGUGCGCCUGGUGCAGAGAUGCGGUCGUACAGGGCGAGAACGAAGCGGCCAGGUGUACAUACUUGUCACUGAAGGUCGGGAACACCAGACGCUGGUGGAGUGCAUGCGACAACGCGACGGGCUCAAUAGGAAGGUGCUGUCGUCGCGCGAAGUGAGCGCGAGCCUAUUCGCACACAACAGACGCCUGCUGCCCAACGGACACGAACCCAAGUGCCACAAGAUGUACAUCACAGUCCACAACGCUCAAGCCCCGAAGGACACGCCCACUAACAACAAGAAGGGUCAGAAAGAUCUACGCACGAUGCUUCUCGGUCGAGCGUCUUCGAGCAGUUCAAACUCGUCCAACAACAUUGACAACUUGAUAUCUGAGGCAGAAUUCAACUAUGUCUUCCCUGAUGGCUACCGGGAGACCGACUUCUUGCAUAGUUCUAACGAAUACUGGGCGAUGAAUAAAGAAACAUUAAUAUCAACAUCUAAGGUUGAUUACCAAAACAAACUUAACCUGUCGACUUGGCUGGAAUGGCAACGAACGCUGCAGAGUACAGUCAACAUCGAGCAUUCAAAAGACACGGAGAUUCUCGCGUCCUUACUGCAAUACAGUGAUGCUAAACGAUUUGAUAUGCCAGGUCCUACGUUCAACACUCAGAAUUGUGCCACUCAAAACAUCGUCAUAGCAUCCCCUGUGAAAGCACCAAUGACUUCAGUUUCCACCAAAGUUUCAUCUCCGGCAAAAAUGUCUCCAGCAAAAGCGAAACAGACAAAAAAGAAACAAAAACUCCCCAUGAUCAAACCUCCAGGAAAACAUGAUGGCGACAUCAGAGCCUUGUUUAGUACAGCUACUAAAUCCACUAAAAGUUAUACUAAACUAAUUAGUGAUUUAGGAAUACAAAAUACUGGGAACUUAUCCACAAAGUUAAUUAAUUUAUUAGUGGACCUUACAAUAAAUAACACAUCUGAAAAGGACAAAAGUUGUUACAUCUGCGAUAAUAUUUGUAACUGCAAGAUUUUUCAAAGCGCAAGAGAUGUUAAAACGAGUACUCACGUUAUAAAAUCAUUCCUUAGUAAGCCUAAGUUACCUGAUCUCAAAUUAAUUGAUCAAAUAGACGUUGAGUCUAUACGUAAAUACGUUAAAUUGAAUGACGAUGAAAUGAUUAGAAUAAUGAAUACAAGUGACAACGCCCAUGAUUUUGUAAAUGAUAAUGUCAACUACCUUGAUGUAGAUACUAAAAAUUGUAACAAAAACUUUGACUUAGAAUUUGAUUUCGAUACGCCAAAUGAGUUGAAUUCACCAGAAAACUUAGAAAUAAAAAAAGAAGGUAACAAAGUGGAAGAUAAGAACUUUGACCUGGGUGAUAUUGAAGACAUAUUUGCGGAUAGUAGUCCCGAAGACGGGAUCGCUAAAGACACAACUGCAUUAAAAGAGAAAAAUUCAAGUGACCCUAAAGAGACUUUAGGAUUCUUUGGUUUAGAUAGUAUAGAUGAUAUAUUCGCGGAUUCUGAUGAAAACAAUUUUCAUCUAUCACCUAAAACUCCUAAUAAGGAAAUUGAUAAGUCUCGAUAUAAAAACGACAGUUCACGAAACGGACAUUUGCGAGAACAGAAAGUUAGCCCUUCGAUUCUGUCAGGAAAAGGAAAAGAUAUAACAUCCCCAAUAUUGUGCAGUCAAGCCCGUAAAUUCAACUUAAGCACAAAGAAAAAUAAACCAAGUAGUUCAACACCUGCUAGCAAUGUCAAAAGACGUUUAAUAUCAGAAGCUAACAAUAAUGUUGAACUAAACCAAGAUAGGACCGAGGCAAAAUCUAGUGUACAAAAUAACACAAUGGAUACUACAAAUAAAAGUAUGUUAACAAUAACACAACUUGUAGAUAUGAUUAAUAAACCCGAUGACAAGUCUUUAGUUAAUAUUUCUAAAAUUAAACAAGAGUGUCAAAGGAGUGUAUCUCCUAUUCUUCUAACCCAAGCUGAUAGAAAAAAAACUGUAAAAGCAAUUGAUGUUAUGAACAAAAAUAUCGUUUCUCAGAGCAUAAAAACGAGUGUAAUAAUUUUGGAAAGUGACAGUGAUUCAGACAACAAUACACAAGUGUAUGAUGUACAUGACAUCAAUGUUAAGUCUAAUAGUAUACAAGACGAUGCUAUUGAAAUUAACUCUGAAGAAUCGCCAAAAAUCCCAGGAAGUAGCGAAGUAAACAAAACGCCUGAAAGCUCAAAUAAAAAUGUAGAAACUAAAGUAGAGAAAGUAAUAAAUCAAUGUGAUAUUGAUACAAUACAAUUAAAAAGUCCUCCAACUAACAAACGGAAAAUUUCAUUUCAAAAUGAUGAGAUAAAUACAUCUCCUUAUUUCAAUAAGAAGCCAAAAUUAGACAACGAAACAAAAAAACUAAGUUUAAAAGAGAAGGUUUUGAAAGCUUUGAAAUCUGACAAGUUUAACAGGAAUUUUCGUAACGAUAAUGAUGUACAUUUUGUACAAUCUCCUGAAAAAAUAAUAUCCCAAAAGGAAAACACAGACCCUCAAUUGCACGACGAAAUAAUAAUGACAGACAAGGAAGAUUAUGUUAGGAAGAAUAAUUUAGAAAUGCUACAAAUGUUUAGAAGAGACUGUAAAGUGCGAAGUCAACCAAACAAACGGAAACUUAAUUUUGAUGAUAGCGAUGAUGAUUUUAUCGAAGGCAGUAGUUACCAUCGAAGUAAGACGAAAAGGACGGAUAAUCAAACUGAAAAUCACAGGAGUAAAACCACCAAGAAUCAUAAAGUGAGAAAAAAGAAGCACAAACCCAACGGUUUCAUAGACCUGGAAGCAGAGCUAUCAGAUGACGGCGGUUCGGUGAGUGGCGACGAGCUAUCGGACGACAGUGUUGGCAGUAUCAUUGACUUCAUUUGCGACGACAAUGUCACGCAUCACGAGGACAUGCAGGCGCACUAUUUGAGAUCUGUUAGGAGUCCAGUAAAACCAGGAACGUUUAAAAUCCCACUACUGCCAAAGAAGUAUGAUCAUGCAGAAGUGUUUUCGCAAUAUGUUGAUGAAGAAGACGCUUACGAAAUGGACAGCUUCUGCGUAGAUUCCCACAUAGGUCUAACACAAGCGAACGACGUGUCGGAACUAGAAGUGGCAGAGAUGCUUCUAGAAGGACGAAGAGACAAAAAGAAACGGUCACAGCAGGCGAAUAGUAAAGCGAAUAAUCAAAAUAAUGAAAGCCCUUUAGUUCGGAAGAAAAGAAAUGUGAAGAGGAUACAUAGUGAUUCGGAUGAUAGCAGCUGAUGAAAAAUUAUUGUUCACAAUGUCAAAAAGAAACGACACCUUGAUGUUUAUACGUGACGUCACGUUUUAACGGCGUCUAAUAAACCACGUACUAACGGCAGUUUUGCAGAAAAGGGAUGGGACAUCUCCGCAUCGCACCAAACCUUUUAAUAUCUGGUUUUUAUUUAAAUGUCGCAGAUCAAUAUUUACCACGCUCCUUUGGGAACUACAGGCCGAAUGUAAGUGUCUGCAGGUUUUUACACCCGCACGUAAUGGGGAUUGAAUAUAUUAGGAAAAGUACUAGAAGGCAUUUGAUUGAUUUGAAAGUGACCAGCGGGUCUGGAUCGCGACAGAACUGUCAUAAGAAAAAUUAUUAGUGUUACAUUAUAGUGAUAUCUGUUUACUGUUAUUUUUGGACAAAAAACAACGAAUAAUGUGUACAAAUACAGAGUAACUUCCAGUGAAAAGUUACGUGAAACGAGUCUAAUCCAGCGUCAUUAUAAUUGGAUGAGAGUAUGGACGUUUGGCACUAUUUUAUAUUACUUUCUAUGUUUAUAAACUCUAAUAUCUCGACUGAAGGUCUUAAAAUUAAUUUUUAAAACAGUAGAACAGCAUUAUAAAUGAAACUAUUUUCC